GCUUCGCGCUCGAGCGUUCGUUGCCUUGAACAAUUGCUAUUCAUGGCUUCGUUCCGGCUGGCCCGACAAGCCUCGCGCAUUGCAGCCUGGCGCGUACCCAAAUUCAGCAUAGCUCGUUCUACACCGCAGCUGUCUUCGAUGCUACAAAUACAAAGACAGAUUCCCAUAGUCCGCUAUCAACAUUUCACCUCAACAUCACAUACCGCAUCCGCUGCAGAAAAAGAGACAAUGGAAGAGAGUCUUCGCCAUAUGGAUAUUGAUGCGGCGGAGAAGCACAUGAAGGACUGGUUCGGCGACCACGCAUCAUGGAGUCACGAACAGCUGCUCAAUCUUAUAUAUGAGGAGGACCUUAUAUCAGUACGAAACUUGCAGAACUUUGGUGACUAUGGUACUGGUGGUCUCCGACUCGGCGGUGACCGUCCUUCUUUCCCGCUCAUGACACAAGAAGAAUGGGGUCUAUUGAACAAGCCGUACAGCCAAUGGGCUCCGGCACCUUUCAACAGAAACAAUUACAGCUGUAUGGACCGCGUCGCACCCCUGAUCAUGAGACAAGAGCUCCCAGAACUCCGAAGACAACCACACAUGGGCUUCCUCGCACGUCUACGUCCCCUCAAAGCAAAGCUCUUGCUUGGUAUGGUGCCUCUUAGCGGAGAUCGCUGGGCGGAACGCAAGAUGGAUGACCCUGCCAACUACAAGAAUCUUUUCGAAUUGAUAAAUGACCUCACCAAGAUAUUUGACUGGUUCAACCACGAGGAGGUCCACACCCGGACUCGCGACGCUUUCAACUGGAUGAUCGACAGAUAUGUCGAAUUCCAGAAGGCAGCCAAUUUGCGACGCGAACAAAAUGGCGUCGAAGAGAAACUGGAACUUGCUGGCAUGUGGGCAGAGUACUGGAAUGACGGGAUGACAAACAUGUCAACGCGGACGCAUCAGUGGGUUGUGGAUCGCGUGGAUGAAGUUCAAGCACGUGCUUUUGAGCAGUAUCAAGAGGCGCUCAAGAGUGCUGGAACAGAUGAAGCAGCUAUAGGCGAGGCCGGCAAGAAGUACUACGAGUGUGUCCAAGAUCUCAGAGGCAUGCUCACUAGACUCGAGUACACAAUUGGCGUUCCGAUGACCGGCUUCAAGGGAUACACAGCCACCAACGCCUUCACCGACCUCCCAGUGGCACAACGAAAAAACACCUGGUCCCAAAUCAUGGGAAGCAAAUCCUUCAAGCACCAACUAGCCAUCUUGGAAGCAGAAGACAAAGCCGCUGCGGAAUCAGCCGCCAACCCACCGACCCUAGCAGAACAAAUGGACAUGAUGGGACAACUCACCAAGCCAGCUCACCCCCGUUUCCGUGACACCGAGAACCUCCUCGGCCACUACGAAGAAGGCAAGAAGAACCGCGACGAAACCCGCCUAGCCCUAUGCGGCCCGCCCAAGCCCGCCGCGCAAGAACAUUGGAUCACCAUCCUACGCGAACGCAUGGACUUUUACGCAAAGAACCCACGAAAUCUUGAGAGGAACCCUGACGCAUGGGGCUUCGUCUGCUACCGCUUGACCUACGAGCAAACAGACUCCGAAUGGGCUACCUUCCAAGAAAAUUUCACCAAAGAUGUCAUGCGAUCUGGAACCUGGAUCUCGGGCUUCGACAAUAUCAUCGGCAAGGCCAAAAUCAUGUUCAUCGACGGGCGGGAGGCCGGUAUUGCGGAAGGCGACACCGCGGCUGCAAAACAACAUUUCAAGAGCACGUUUACUAUGCUACCGACGCUGGGCCGUAUGUGGACACAAGACUUCCUUGUCGUCGACAAACAAGCGUUCAAGUCGCAUACUGAGCCGCCAACUGAGGAAACGAGACCCCCGCCGCCGUAUGGAGCAGCAUGGGGAUGUAAUGGCGGACACGUACGUCUUGUGGACACGACAUUCGAUCAGCUUUCGCAGGAGAUGAUUGAUCAGUUAUCACCGGGAUACAAGGGCGAGAUGAAGGUGUUGUCGAGUUUGCUUCUUGAAGAAGUGUAUCCGUUGCUCGCAACGCUGUCUUGUCGUCCGUUUGGACUAUGGCCUUGCGCAAGACUGCAUCCGAGGGAGGUUUAUGUGGGGACUACGGAUGCGGCGCAGGAGGGGUGGUGGGAGUUUAGUCGGAUUGAUCAGGCGUUGAUGCAGGGGUUCUUCCAGAGUAUGAGGGGCAGGCAGGCGGAUCUGAGGGCUAGGCAGAGUUGAGUGGAUGUGGGGGAUCGAUUCGUUCGUUUCUCGUUGCGCAUGGCUCAAAUUCUGCUCAUGUUGAGGAAUUCGCAAAUACCCGGAUAUCAUUUCGCCUAGUGACAACUUCGCCUGCCGUCGGGUGAUAAGACUUAUGCCAUCAUCCUAUUAUCCGGCCCA